AUGGCGUUGCUGGAAGAUAUUGAAUUGAAGGGUUUCCAAGAUUUGCAUUUAAGUCUCACUAGGACUGUGAUAUUGAGGUAUCAUUGGAUAGACUCGUUUGUUAGCACCUUAAGGGAUAAUUUAUCACAUUUUACUAAAUUUAUUAUAAUGUUGGAUCAUUUGGAAGUUUACACCAAUGAAGAAAAAACGCGUACGUUUAUAGGUUUGCAAGUUAAAACUGGCUAUGAUACUCUUUUAAAAUUGGUGCAUUGUCUGGAUAAUUGUUUAGGAGAUUUCAAACUUCCCAAAUUUUAUGAAAAUCCAUCUUUCCACAUUAGCAUAGCUUGGUGCCUUGGAGACAACACUGACAAGCUUAAGUCGCUUCUGCCUUACUUAAAUCGCGACUUAGAACUCCUCAUGUCAGAAUAUUCUCAAGAAAACUGGUAUACUUAUGUUGAACAAAUCUUGUGCAAAACAGGUAACAAAAUUUUCCAAUUCCAACUGCAAUGA